AGUGUGGCUUUGGUGUGGCGUGGCCAGACGUUGGUGAUGGUGGCUUUGUUUUGAUAUAAAUUAAUUCUUCCGCACACGCUCAUUAUUAUCUUUCUGGUUUUGAGUGUGGAUGCGGUGAUGAGGACAGCUAGAUAAGCCAUAAUCGCAAUUUUGUCAUUUUCUACGUUUACAAGGUUAGGAAAGCAAGGCUAAAUGCGCUAAGCACAGUGCCUCGAAGAAAAUGAGAUAAAGCAACCGACGUGUAAAAUGAAGAUUAGGGUGGAAGAUUGACUGCCGCAGCCAGAUCAAUUUUCGUAAGACGGAAACUAAACCAAGGAACUCGUGUCAAGUUUUAUUUUUAGUUAUAUAUAUCAACCAUGGACUUCCUCAAGCGUUGCUUCAUUAAACGUCCCUCACCAGAGGACCUGGCAGAUGGUCUGGAAACGGCACCGGAGUACACCGCUCGGUGGAACUCCAUCAGAAUCAUCUACUACACAAUGUUUCUGAUGUCGCUGGGAUUUAGUAUAAUUUUAACUGGAGUUUGGCCAUAUCUAGAUAAGUUAGACCCCGGAGCCGGUAAGGAGUUUAUGGGUUGGAUUGUCGGUGCCAAUCCGGUGGGGCAGAUGAUCUUCAGCCCCCUGGUUGGCUGGUGGAGCAACCGGCUCGGCUCGAUCCGACUUCCCCUGUUGUGUUCACUAGCACUGUUCUCGAUUGCCAGUGGGAUCUACUCCACGCUGGAGCUGUUCACCUCACACCACAAGUAUUGGAUGAUGUAUUCACGCUUCCUCAUCGGAGUCAGUUCUGCCAGUAUUGCUGUCUGUCGGUCAUACCUGUCGGCGGCUACCAAAGUUCGGGAGCGUACGGCAGCCGUAUCGAUGGUGUCGCUCGCCCAAACGCUUGGUUUCAUCGUAGGGCCAGCGCUGCAAGGUGUUGUUACUCCUCUGGGAGAUCAUGGAGUGCCAUUGUUUAGGGAUAAGCUAUAUCUGAACAUGUACACCGCAACCGGUUGGAUCAAUGUUCUGAUGGGUAUCAUGAACUUCUGCCUAUUUCUGCCAUUCUUCUUCAAAGAGAAGCGGAUAGCCGCCAGGGAAGCUAUGGUUCAGCAGGGAAAGGAAUCGGAAAAGGAAACCUGGAAGGCAAUCAAGCCGGACUACGUUUCUGCUUGGUCGUUGAUAUUUGCGUUCUUUAUUUUAGUAUUCAAUUUCGUAUUUUUGGAAACUUUGGCAACUCCACUGACUAUGGAUAUGUUUGCGUGGACCAAAGUUGAAGCUUUGUACUACAUGGCUUGGGUGAUGGCUGUAGGAGCAAUCGUCGCCAGUGCCACGUUCGUAUUAAUUGGACCUCUGUGUAAAAAGUUUCCCGAACAUAAUGUUUUACUGUGGGGAGGAUUUUUCCUCAUGGUUUUGGGUCGAGCUGUCUACGUACCGAUGAGUGAUAGUCCGCCAAAGUUGGCAAUUCCUCUGAAUAAAACCUCUUUGCAACAUACAGCACCGUAUGUCUAUGCGUCUAACUUUACAGAGGUUUACUCCAACCUCACAAGGGUUGAGUUUGAUGAGAUUUCCACAGUGUUUGACGCCGCUGAAGAAUCUGAACUAUUAGGAUGUCCAAUCACGCAAGAAUGGUGCAAAACGACUAAGGGUAUGACCAUCAGUCAAUUUCUGAUUGGCUACGCAUUCACAGCGAUCGGUUACCCAAUCGGAGUGACACUGAUUACGACGAUUUUCUCUAAGAUCCUCGGCCCUAGACCUCAGGGAACAUGGAUGGGUAUCAUGACUGGUUCGGGAUGUCUGUCACGAGCAUUGGGACCGGUAUUUUUGUCAACAAUAUACACUAAGCUGGGACUGUAUUGGACAUUCGGAUCAACUGCCGUGAUGAUGUCAGCCACAAUGCUAUGGCUUUGGUUGGUGCGGGAUCGGUUAAUACCUCCGGAGUAUGACAUUCCCACUGCGGGACAAGAACUUCAAACGGUGACCAGUAAGAAGGAUCCUGGCGGAGUGGACCCGUCGGAGCUGGAGAAACUGAACGGCACUGCUGCUCAGAUAUUGGAGAGACCGGAUGCGAUCGUAAAACCGAGCUGAGUCUGAUAUUCAUAGCUUUACGCAUAGACUAAGGACUAUAAAUUAAGUUGACAGUUGUUUUGCACCAAAACUCAGACGCACACAAACCUGUUACGUAUUUUGAGUUGUAACUUAUACCAUUUAUACAAAGCGAUGUGAUACUUACACAAGAGGAUCAUUCAGUGUUAGUUCAAAUAUAUGUCUUGCGGCGUGGACAA